GGAAGGCAUUUGAUAUGGAAUGGCUACACACACCGCCAGAACAACAAAAGAGAUACUUGGAUCUCUUGGAAGUGCAUAGACAGAAAUUGCAGGGCUACACUAUGCACAAGAAAUGAUGUCCCUUCAAAGAUUGGCCAACCACACAAUCACCUACCAGACCAUGCAUCAGUCAAAAGUAGAAAGAUAUUAGAAUCUGUUAGAUCUAGAUGCAGAUCAGAAACUACACCUAUACCAUCAAUUUAAGAUGAAGAAAUUACAAAACUCAGAGAUGCACCAUGGGAUGCCCAGACCCUUGAGACUGCACAAAAACUGCCUACCUUCGAAAGUAAGAGGUCAUCACUCUAUCGUACCAGAAACAAACUGUACCCAGGCAUACCAAAUACUAGACCAAGAAUCCAACUUGAAGGAAAAUUUCGCCAGACCACAAGUAGAGAACCAUUUCUACAAGCUGAAGAUGGUGACAUCAACAAGCUACUCAUAUUUACAACUGCAGAAAAUCUACGACAACUGUGCACUGCAGACACUGUAUACUGUGAUGGAACUUUCUACACAGCACCACCAAUGUUUGACAGCAUUUUCACCAUUCAUGCAUUUGUUGGCACAGCCAUGUUUCCAUUGGUGUAUUCUCUGCUACCACAGCGAGAUGCUGAAUGUUAUAUAAGAUUCUUCAAUCUCCUGAAAAACAUAGCCAACCAACAUAAUCUCAACUUUCAUCCAAAUAAAGUGAGCCUUGACUUUGAAUGUGCAUCAAGAAAUGCAGUAUCUCAUGUCUUUCCAAACGCAGAACUCAAAGGUUGUUUGUUCCACUACGCAAAAGCAAUAUGGAAAAAGACACAGGAAUAUGGGCUUCAAACUCAGUAUAAAGAUGUCCCAGAUGUCAACAAACUCGUCCGUCGUGCAGCAGCUUUACCAUUACUGCCCUUAGAUCGUGUGGAAGACUACUGGUUACAUGCCUUGGAAAAUGCACCACAGUCAGAUGCUUGCACCAAAUUAACAGACUAUAUAGUUCUGACAUGGCUAGAGGGCAGAUACCCACAACCAACCUGGAACCACCACCAAACAGAAGGACCCAGAACAAAUAACCAUUUAGAGGGCUGGCACAACAAGUUAAAAAAGAGAGUAAAAACUGCACAUCCAAAUAUAUUCGAAAUCAUCAAUGUGUUAAAGAAAGAGCAAGCAGCUAACGAGGUAAAGAAGGUACAAUAUGCAGCAGGUGGCAAGAUGCGGGGAAAAGCUAAGAAGUACAGGGAACUGGAAGAAAGAUUCGCAACUUUGAAGGAAUCACUACACAAUGGUACGAAAGACUAUAUUCAGUAUGGUGAUGCAGCAUCAUACAUCCUCAAACUUGGGAAUUAG